UUCAAUGUAAACAAAUUGUUGUCUAAAUUGUUAGUCAUUUCAUUGCCAUCUCUUCACCGCAAAAGUGGUAUUCAAUUAUCAUCGGUUGAGUCCAAUGUCUGCGGACCGGUGUCUGUACUUCUUGAGCGUAUGACUGAUCUAUGAUAUGAUACCGUGAAUUGUGGUCAAUAUCUUAGUGUCAACUCAUUUGGCAUUGAUAUCAAUCGGCGGUCGAAGCGAUUCUUAUGGUUAAAACACAUCUCCUUUUUAUGAUAUGUAUUGUCAGCGGAUUUCUAUUGACUCUUCAACUCAUUUCACUGCAACUUCUUGUCAGAAAAGGUCAAAUCCAAGAGAAGAGUUCGUGGACUCUGUUAGAUGUGGUCACUCUUAGCGCUAAUCAACACUCAAUACCGUUGUUUCUGAUCGACAGCGAAGUGUUGAGUAACAUCUCUGCGAAGAGCGCUAAACCGAUUCUUGAUUCGUAUUGCAAUGUGUUGUGUACGGGCCGUAAGAUCACACAUUUGGCCACUUUUAGUCAGUUCGCCACUCAGUUGCUGAUCAGCCGAUUCAUCCAUUCAGUCAAGUCUAAGGGCUUCACUGUAUUGGAGUUGAAAGAGUUGGACCCAACUCUUGUCCACUUUGGUCUCGAGGUCUCGAUUCCCACGCAUUUGAUUGUAAUCGACGAGAAGUUACACAUCAAAAAGACUUCUCAUGUCAUACAUAUUGCCAUAUUCUAUGAGCGAAUCCAAUCGACCAAUUGGUGGUACGGAAUGCUAUCACUCACUGAACAUCAGCAGAGAUUACUUCACAGACAAGGCAUCCGAAAGUCGUUUUUC